GAGCAGCAAAAAAUAGAGUGAACGAGGAGGAGGACCUCCGCAGGCAACAAAACAGACAAGCUCAGCGGGAAUUUAGACUGAGGAAACAGAGAGAGAAGGAGGAGCUCAAAGCGAGGAUAGAAUUCCUGGAGAGGGAUCCCGAUCAACAGUCCCAGCUAAUGACGAAAGUAGCCCGGGAAUUGUACGCCGAGAAUAACCGUCUGAGGGCUCUUGUUCAGUCGCUGAGCACUUUUAUAGGAAAAGGCGCAGGAUCCAGUUUGAGUGGUUUAGGAUUAAGCCAGUCACAAAUAGACAACUUGAACAGCUAUUCACAAGUCGACCAAGAAGUCGAUCUUGGCUUUGAAAUGUACAUGCAGAACAGAACAAAAGAGAACGAGGCUUCAAUCGGUAGUAAAAGACCGCGCUACAGUCUUUCAAACCACUCACAAUCCAGCGCGAGUCCUAGUAAUCAUCCCCACCCGGGUUUGAACAUUCCGAAUGGGAAUAACGAACUGGCUUUUAAUCUGCAAAACCUAUUAAACGAGAACCUAAGUUCAUCGACAAAACCACCCUCAGUUAAUGCUUUACCGACUGGUACUGACACACCGCCAGCCGAUUUCCAGAGUGAGUGUUUGUCACUGGUGAACAACCAGGGUUCGAAGUUUAACAAAGUUCCUGGCGAGGAGAGUACAAUUUUUAGCUUUGCUAAUAGCCUCAAGCAUUAUAGUUCAUCGAAAAUGGUUCAAGCUGCUCAGCUCAUUGAAUACAAUCUGAAUAAUUUCAGAGCAGAUCAGAGUUACCAUCUUCCGCCAUCACUCAAGCCUACUAUCACUCAGAGAACUGUACCACAUGACAACUUAAUUGACGGCAUUAUAUUUUCUAAUCUUCGCGAUAAACUAAUACUACAAGAAUCCAAAGUCGAUUUGAGGAGGUUUAUGCGAAUAUUGCUAACAAACACUAUUAUACAUGGGGAGGAUGUACUUAAUUGGGAAAAUUGGGAACUAGGUGAGGAAUUUUGUCAGAAUUACUGGUUCCUGAUGGAUGCCCAGAUGCUAAAUGUAACGAAUAAAUGGCGCAACGAACGCGGUGAAUCGUUACUUCAACGACCUGCAGAUUUUGUCGAAGAAGUAAACGAUUUGUCUCCCCUAUAAAGCAUACCAGUACCUUGGCUAAUUUAUUUAUAUCUUGUACAUUUCUUUUACACACAUGGAUUAUUAGGAAUGCGAA